UGGAGAAGAAAGAGAGAGGUAGACAGAGAUAGAGAGAAAGCUGAAAAAAGAGAGAUACAGAAAAAGAUAGAUACAGAGAGACAGAGAGAGGAAGAGAGAGAUAUAUACAAAGACAGAGAGAGGAAGAGAGAGAUAUAUACAGAGACAGAGAGAGGAAGAGAGAGAUAUAUACAGAGACAGAGAGAGAUAUACAGAGACAGAGAGAGGAAGAGAGGGAUAUACACAGAGACAGAGAGAGGAAGAGAGAGAUAUACAGAGACAGAGAGAGGAAGAGAGGGAUAUACACAGAGACAGAGAGAGGAAGAGAGAGAGAGACAGAGACAGAGAGGGGUUCCAUUGAAAAGCCACAGUAACUCUAACCAACUGGCACCUAAAUCUCCCACUCAGUUUGGUUUCAAAAAAAAAAGUCGACUCUUACCGAUCCUUUUCAGUUCUUUUAACCACCACCACCACCACCACCAUCAUCAUUACUAUUAUUAUUAUCACUACUAUUACUGUUUCUUCUUUUCCUCCUUCUUCGACUCUACUACUAUCUGGUCACUGCAUAUUUGAGUAUAGAGAGAGAGAGUACAAUGGUAAUGCUUAAAGUCACCAGAGGAAAAAAGAAAUAUAUGUAUAUCUACAAGGAACCGACUGUACUAACAUAGACAUAUAUACACACACCAUACAUAUCUACCUAUACAUCUGUCUAUAUAUAUAUAUAUAUAUAUAUAUAUAUAUAUAUAUAUGUGUGUAUGUAUGCACAAUAUAUCACGUACACACGUUUAUAUAUCUAUACACAUAUAUAGAUCUUAAGUUCAUAUAUCCUUCACUUUUGUCUUCUCUCCGAUCUAUGGCAGUCACAACAAGAUAACGAUUAUAGCCAUUUAUUUUUAAUAAUUUUUUUCUCUCUCUAUCCAUUUUUGUGUUUUUUUUUUACCUUAAAAAAAAACCCCCCAAAAAGGUUACAAAAGAAAAAAGAAAAAGGAUUCAACCUGAAAUUGUCCCCUUAAUAAUAUAUAAUAAUUCUCAGUCUGGAAACAUAAAACUGCGAACAUACCAAACUAAAAGAGGAAAAAAGAAUAUUCGAAUCUCCUGAAGGAAAAACCAUUUUUAAAAAGGGGAACCUUAAAAAAAAAGAAAAACACAGGAGCAAACAUAUAAAAAAAAUAUCUGAAAUACAUAUACACCGAAUCACAUAUAUACACACAUCCAAAUAAAUAUAUUAUAGCAUGGCUCAUGAGGAGUAUUUCGGACCAUCAGGCCCGACGAGGAUGGGCUAUUUUUUACAAUGCAGUACAGCCAGAUGCCCUUCAUGAUGUCAAACCUCACCUGUUUCCCAAGCAAGAUUUCAAAUAGAAAAGAUCUGCUGAUGUUGGAUAUCAGUGAAACAUCUGCAAUUGCUUCUGUCACCAUAUUCUGGAUUAUGUUUCCUUCAAGAAGCUCCUUUUCCCAUUCAAUGGAAUCUGGAAUUUUACAAAUGUUUAUGGACUUCUCUGAGCUGUAAUCUGAAAAAAAAAAAAGCCUUUCACCAUGUAAGUCAUUUAGGUGAUAGUAGCAUCACCAGUGCCGGAUUCUGGGUCCUUUCACAAUGUUUUGUGGAACACACGACCAGUCACCAAGUUUUUUUAUCUGAUUAUUUUCCAUUGUUUAACGAACAUUCCCCUCCCCCCCCCACACACACAUACAUACAUGCAUGCAUGCACACACAUGUUCACAAUACACUGACCUAUUCUCAGAUCGAGUUUACAAUCCUAUAACUACACAUAUAAAUUGUUGUUUGUAUCUAUGCACACUCUUGAAAACAGAAAAGAAUAACACAAGCAAAAUCCAUACACAUCAGUCACAGAAUUGUUUUGUUCAUUCUGGAAACUACCGUAAUAUUGGUACGCCGUAGUUAUCACCAUCAGCUGAACCAUGAUCAGUUAUAACAAAGAAAUAUUGAAAGAAGAAGCUAAGAAAGCCAGGCAGGCCCAAGUUAUGCAGGCGAUCCAGUCACGAACCACAUCGACUCCUAAAUCCAACUCAAUGCUGUUCAGCGAGCCUGUACGUGUUUCUUCCAACCCUAAAAACCAUUCUGUCAUGCACCAGACUAUCAACAAAGUCCUUGGAAACUACGACGAGGUCGUCGAAGAAAUGUCCAAGCAACCAGGUCACAUGAUCGGCAUUGACAAGCAGACCCGCUCGACAAGAGAAACCAACCACCAAGCCAAAACUUCGAAAUUGCGAUGUAAUGGCUACAAAAUGCGUCCGCAGGCUAGUUCCAAGGGGAUGAUAGGGAAAGAUGAUACUCCUCGGAGUCAAGAUGCAUCUAGUCAUGGGCGUUGCAGCGGAAGCAAUAGUGGCAGCGGUGGCUGCAGUGGUAAUAGUUCUGCUUCCUACCUUGGUCAUGGCCAUGGGCACCAAGAUGGUUCUAGACAAGGACUCCUUGAAACACCUCCAGAUGGUGCUUAUAGUCGUAAUUCUCAGAACUCUCAUUCAAUGUCGAAAGACAGUGGUCACGGACAAAACUCGAUAGACAAUAACUAUCGAAGCCGGACUUCUCAAAAUUCUCGAUUGUCUACUUCAUCAAGAAUGUUGUCCGAGAAGCAUGGACCUGACAAGGACUUCCAUCCUAAAAAACACUCAUAUUCUUCACAAAAUUCUUUCAUCAACCCCAAUAACAAACUAUACACUUCGUCCUCCUCCUCCUCAUCAUCCACACAACUCAGUAAGCACCCCCCUUAUCCAACUACCAACUCUGGCAAUGCACACGUGAAACCCAAUCGGCCCCUAUCUUCUUUAAGUGACAAAAGCUCAUCACAUGGCAGUAAUAGUGAGAAAUAUUAUCGUGACAAGUACCAUUCUGGGGGUGAGAAAUCUUUGCAAGUGGACAAGUUUCAUAGUAGUGCUGACAAGACCCAUGCUGACCAUAAACAGUAUAGUGAUAAGACACACAAUGAAAGCAAAGAACUUUCUAGUAAUGUUGAUACCAGUGAGAAAAGCCUCUCCAAUAACAGUGGUAGGGAGAAGUCAUAUUCUGCUGAGAAAGGAAUUUCACAUCAUUUGACCAAAACCAAGUCAAGAUCCCCAAUGCCCUCUCUAACACCCAGUGUACAGUCUCAACAACAGGGUCCCCCAUUAUUACAGUCUCAACAACAACAGCCUCACCUUCAACUACAACAGCCAUCAAAGGGACCAGCAGCACCACCUUCUGCUAUUGCUUCCACACCUCCCCCUCCUUCUCUCAAUAUGGAUGGUUCUCGAGAGAAUCAUCACACCUCGUUGCCCUCAUCAUUGUCACCUGCAUACAUUGCAACGAAUACCGUUUCAAGCAAGCCAUCCAUGCCGACACAUCUGAACAAAGGCUUAUCAAACUCUCUAAAAGUCAAAAUUAUUGGCUCAAAUCCGGCAAAGCUCUCCAGUGAUCUUGAUGACAGCGAAUCAAAUAACCAGCACACACAGAUUGAGAAAAUUAUGAAAGAAAUGUGUCAGCCAGAGAAAAUAACGGGUAUAAAAACACCGAGCGUGAAAGAGAACCUGGAUGAAGAGAACAGCUUCCUUUCACCGUUGGGGCAAAGCCAUAAACACCUGCUGUCCGAAUUAAAACAUCAGAAACCUUUAACACCUGUACAUCAAACAAAGUUAAAAGCUAUUUCACCAUCUUUAACUCUCCACCGUUACCAAAAGCAGAAUUUAAACACAUCACCAGUGCUGUCUGAUCUCAAAGAAGAGAAAAAUGACCUGGAUAAAAUUUUAGCCGAGAUGACCUGUCCCGAGUCUCCAGUUACAGCCAUUUCUACACCGGAGAAAAUGUCAGAAAAUCCAUUUGCUCGGUCUUUCAAGAAUUCCCAUUCACCUUCCCAAAAGACUUUUGGACUCUCUGACAGUGACAGUGAUUCCUUUGAUAAUGAAGAGGAUGCAACACAACCCCCUAAUGAUAAACCAGUCCACAGUUGUUCAUCUGAUGAGAACACCAAUAACCAAGCAGAUGCCAGCAUCCUCAAAGAAUCUAAAAACAUGACCCUGGCUGCUGCAGAAAUUAAGAACCAUCAAAACACAGAUUCUGUAGGCGAGAACCAACCAUUAAAGACAAGUCCACUUGAAUCAACUUCUCCAACAGCUAUGCCUGUCUUCCCCUUAAAUGCUGUGAAACGUUCCUUACAGAGUCAAGAAGAUCUUUCCCAAGACCUUCAGAUGAGUGAUUCAGACAGCGAAGCACUCGAGUCUACCAAAGAAUUCCCCCCCGUGUUUACUCUCUCAAAGUCAUCACCGUCCAGUCCUAUCUCACGCCUACAUCAUUCCAUGGAUAUCGGUGCAGUGGAAACCAGAAAGGAGUCAGUAGGCUUUGAUAUUUUCAGUGAACAUCCAACAAGUGAAAGUGAUUCUGAGAGUGAUGAUGUUGUAGGUAAAACAAAGUCCAGUACGUUGACUGUCAACAACUCAGCUGUUGCAGAAUCUAAUACUGUCUGUAAUAAUACGCCAUUAGUUUACUCAACACCAGCUAGGAAAGGAUCGGGCCAGUUUGCUAAGAAAAAUGAUAAUGAUGCUGAUGAUGAAGAGGAGGAGGAUGGAGAUGACGAUGAAGAUGAUGAUCAAAGUGAUGUCGAAGAAAGCAAUGAGCUGGAUAGAAUAGGCCCAGCGGUCAAGCAUCAGAAACCAGAUGUGGUCUCUUCAAGUUCAACUAGCGACUCAGAAACUGAUGAUGAUGAGUCGAACGUCUCAGAAAAAGCAUCUAGUGCAUCAGAUGACGACGAUGAUAACGACGAAGAGGAAGAAGACGAAGAUAAAGACGAUCAUUCAAAGCAGCUCAACUCAGUGGACGGGGUCAAUGAUGCGGAACAGUGCGAUUCUGCAAGUGUUCAAAAGACACCACGCUGGUGUCUGCGAGCAUUCUUUUCUUUGCCAAACAGUGGCAACAAAGCAAAUCAGGUCCCCAAAGAAGCCGAGGAAAUUGUAUCCGUCUCUAGCCAUACUGGAAGCAACGUCAGUGCAAGCCAAAGAAGCAGAAACAACAGCAGCAGCAGCAGUAGUAGUAAUAGUGGUAGUAGUAGUAGUAGCAGUAGCGGUAGCAGCAGCUGCAAUGAGAACAGCAGUCCAAUCACUGAAGCGAACAGUCAUUGCGAAUCUGAUGAUGACAGCAACAGUGAAAAGUCAUCUGCAGAGGAGAAAAUCUCAAUAAUACCAAGUGAUAAUGAAGACCCAGCUAGCAGCUGCCAUAAACAAGAUGUUACCAGUGCCCCACCAUUUACUGAGGACAUCUCAUCAAAGGAAAACAGUUUGCUGGCCAAUACUAAAUCUGUGACAAAUCUCUUGACGUGGCCACCUGGCAAAGACAUCCAAGAGUUUCCAUCUCCUGUAUCUUCCCCGAUGUCUGCAUCACCUACAUUAGUUCAUAGAAAACUGAAACGUAAAAUUUCACUUCCCAUUUGUAUUAAUACCAAUUUGCUGUCCUCCAUUCCAAAUGUUAAACGCCGCAAACUCUCAAAUGAACCGUCCCAGCCCGCCGAGCACCUGGAUACCAUCAAAUCUGAAACAGUCCUGAACACUUGGUCAAAUCAAAUGCAAUCCCAAGAGUCUGUUGAGAAACAGUCUGAAAACAAGCAACCCUGGAUAAAGCGAGACAAAAGUCCAAGACGAACACCAAAUAAUACUGAAUCUAAUUGUUGCCAAAAACGCUCUUUGACCAUCAAAAUCAAUACAGAUCUUCUGCAUUUCAUCCCUGCAAAAUGCUUAAAAGACAUGCCAUUAUUACAAGAUGUUAAAACAGAAAACUGUAUCGAGGAAGCUGUGGUCAAGCCUGAAAUGCAGAAUGGUAAUAUUUCUCCUUCGGUUAAAGUAAGUGAACCCAAUGCAAACACCGAAAGUUUUGUCAUGACACAGACUACAACGACACCUGUGCUGACGGAGAGUACACCUUGCAAAGUAGAAAAAUCUGAUUUUAAAUUCCGGAUCCCAAAGAGAAACCUCGACUCUGAGAGCUAUGACAUCAGUCGACCCAGUCCAAAAAUGAUCAAAACCGAGGGACAAAUUUCAAAGAAUGAAGAUAACCAGUUGCCAAAUAUUUCCAAGAGUGAAUCUGUGAAAAGUUUGUCUUUGGUCAACAGUGACAAUAACCACAGUUCUCCUUCAACUGAGUCUUCAACUGCUACCAGCAAAACCAGAAUUUCUGAUAAAGAUAAACAGAUUUCUUCCAUAGAUGAUACCAAACAACCAUGCCAUGACAAAGAGAAGGACAAUGCUGUGCUACCUGCAUCUCCAUCUGAAUGUAAUAGCAGUGGUUGUAGUACAAGUAGUAGCAGUAGUAAUAGCAAUAACAACAACAACAACAAUGGUGAUGAUGACAUCGACGACGAUGGUGAUGACAGCAACAGUGAUAGUGAGCAUGAUGACAGUGAUCACAAUGACCAUGUUGAUAAUGAAAAUGUUAAGAAGCAUAACAACAGCAAUGGUAAUAAUCAAAGUGUCAAUGCUUUAACUAACUCGUCCAGCAAUAAAAAGCUUAAAACAGCAACCCAGGCAAACUUGACAUCAAAAAGCUCAUCGGAUAAUUCCAAAGACACCGGGAAACCGGUUGCAACACCGUCUCCAUCAAGGCAGUCUAACUCUUCUUCUGCCUUGUUGUCACCGAAGGGGUCGACGUCAAGCAAUGCAGCUGACCACCACCACCACCAUCAGCAGCAGCCCUCGACGUCUGCUAUUAGUAUGAUCCCAGUCACCCCCAGCUACAGCAACAGUUCAAAUAGCCUACGUAACAGGCCAUUAUACAAGAGUAGUAGUUCUAACCACCACAGCAGCAGUGAUGGUGGCUGCAGCCAUAAGGGUAAAGAAAAGGCUGCUGACCACUUUUUCCAAGAAGCCAAACGUAUGAAACACGAAGGAAACAAAUUAACCGACAUCUUUGAGAAAUCUUUCUUGUAUAUGAAUGCUGUGGUGUCCUAUGUACAGUGCGGUAUAGCAUUAGAAAAAGAUCAGGAACAGCGAUGUUUUCGCAUGUUUGGUGAGAUUUUUGACUUUCUCAAUCAAAUCGGACACUACCACCAGUACCCUCACGAACCGCAAAUCUCACUGUUGCGUUUGCUGUUGAUGUCUCGUGUUUGCAAAAAGCUCUACGACAUGAAGAAAAAGGUUGCCGACAACCUCAAGCUGGCCAUUGAUGAAUACAACAAGCAGUCUAGUAGCACUUCCUUGCCAUCUCACACCCCAUCCCCGCAUCGGCCUAACUGGAACACUUCCACGCCUUCAUCACGAUCAACCCCUUCACCAUCAGGCAGCAUUGACUCAAUACGUUCACAAGGAAGUAAUGCUUCAGAUGCAAGACUAACGCCUUCAGCUUCAUCGUCAAAUGCUGUUUCAGCAACAUCACACUCCUCCUCCCAUAUCUCUAACAACUCUACUUCAUCCUCUUCUUCCUCCAACCCAAACUCUUCGAGCCUUACGGGUUCGUCUUUGCCCUCCUCGUCACAGACUGUUACUAUUCCUAAAAGAAUUCAUUCCAUCACACAGAACUACAUAGAAAUAUUAGAUUAUAUUGUGAAGACUCACAAUUACUGGGAACAGGCUGAAAAUCAGAAAGAAAGUUGCAAAGACUUUAUUGAUCUCCUGCACACUAGAUGUAAUUACAUCUCAUUGCAAAGCAGUAUUUUUCAAUAUGUGGAAUACGUAAGAGUUGGUCUCCAAAUUCUCCGAGAAUCAUGACCUGACCUUCUGAACAAUUACAAAGAGAAAAUUUAAAAUAAAAGAAAAAAAAAAUAAACAAAGAAACAAAACUAUUGCUAUUUAUAAUAAAGGAAAAAAAAUAAUGUUUACUUUUCCUUCCCUUCCCCCAUUUGGAUUUUUUUUUUUGAUUUUUUUUUUUCCUCCUCCUCCUUGAUGCUUGAUCUUCAAAGGAAGCCAUUUGCCAAAAUAGAAAGUGUCUGAGAUCCAGGUAGCUCCCUCAAGAGCCAACCUGUCUAUAAGUAUUGAUGAAAAGACGACGAGAAGAAAAGAGAGGGAUGGAAGGUGAGAAGAAGAGCGAGAAAGACUUUAUAUGUGCAAGAAUGAGAGAGAAACACUGUGUGUGUGUGUGAAAGAGAUGGUUUGUGCAGAAAGUAUAUACUUAAAGUCAGUCCUUUGUAAGAUAAUGAAGAUGAAGUGAUGGCAUUAAAAAAAAAAAAAAUAAAGUCAAAACAUAAAAUUGUGUUUGUCUUUUGAUCUUCCCUCCCCAUUCUACCCAAAUAUGCCUGCACACACGCUCACACUUACACAAACACAUACAUGCUCUCACGUGCACACACAUUCUUGUUAUAAGUUUUUAAUUCAAAUAAUUUUUGAAUAUAAAAAGUGCUUUGAAAACUUUAUUAAACAUAGUUUAAUUUUUCCAUGAAUUUUACACGUGGUUUUGUACACACAGCUAGCCGAGUUCAUUUGAGUGCAAUAAGGUCGACAGGUAAAUCAUCAGUGGCGGUACACUGAGUCCCUUAUAAAAGCACUGAAUCCCUUUAUGGCUCAGUCUGUCUAGCUGUAUCCAAAGUACCAUCGGGAGUUGCAGUUCACUGCUCUAUGCAGCACGAGCACUCUAUAUAAAGAAUGAGGGUUUCAUUCAUGCAAUACUGAGCUCAAAUCCUCCCUUGGGGCCCCACAGAAGGCAACAGAAAAGCAACUACAGUGUUUCCUCUCUUGAUUCGCCACAUGAGGUUUUUCAAGUGGUGACCCAAUGAGUUUUGAAAUAUUUACUUGUACUUUACAUAUGUGUGAAGACAAGAUGUCGUUUCUGUAUGUCUGUGAUUUUGUACAUGCACACAUAAAUAAAUACACAAGUCUAGCUAAAUUUCGUGUGUGGAAGAACAUAUUUGUGAAAAUCAAUCGUAUUAAGCUUUGUAAUGUGAGCCAAUACAUUGUUCCUACCAUUAUCACCUUUCCAGUUCUGUCAACACACACACACACACACAUACACUGCUUUCUCCUCCCUCCAGUUUUGUACUGUAGGUGAGACUUGCAGAGCGAAACCAACCUGAGGCCUGGUUCCAUCAUUGUGUCUUGUGUCUGUCGCUGUUUUAGGUUGUGAAGACUUCCUUGUUUGAAAUCAGGACUGAUUGAUUCUUUUGGUUCUUUUUUUUUUUUUUCCUAAACACCCAAGGGACAGCAUUUGAUAGCCUAAGUUCUUUUACUGGAGAAGAGAUCGAAAGAGCAAAGGGAGAGAAGGCAAUAUAUAAACUAGGUGUGAUGUACCGUUACUUUUAAUGACUGUGAGAUGGAUGGCUGGGUCUAGUAGAGAUAGACAGACAGAAGCAAAAAAACAAUCACAUUUGCUUCUUUUAUUCGGAUUAUAUUCUUACAAAACAAAAGACAAUUUUUAAUUGCUACAUUAAAUCACAUAUUUAUAACUUGUAGCUAUAUAUAUAUAUAUGUGUGUGUGUGUGUGUAUAUAUAUAUAUAUAUAUGUAUAUAUAUCUAUAUAAAGAGCCUGUUUGUCAUCUUCGUAUUUUGGGAAGGAAUUAUGGCUAUGCAUAAACAAUAUAACAUAGUAAAUGUGUGCACACGUAUGUGUUUGUACAUUUCUGUAAAAGGUGUUUAUUUUAUUUUUGUGAGUAUGGGGGGAGGGGUUAGGGAGGUGGAUGAUGAGAAA